AUGGUAACUAUUAAUUGGGGGGAAUUAUUUCCAGGAAGAUGGAGUCCUGUCAUUUUUAUUUUAUAUAUGGUUCUUUUUGUGAAUCAAGGUAUUAUUGUAACUUGGUCUCAAAGAAAUGGUCAUUAUGAAUACAAUAUUAUUAUCGUGGUGUUGAUGACAGAAAUAUUAAAAUUAUUUGCUUCAAUAAUAUUAUAUUGUAAAGACAAUACCUUUACAAGUCUGUGCCAAGAAAUAACAGAAAAUAAAAAAGUGUUGCUACUGUACAUAAUACCAUCAUUUCUGUAUUGUUUAUACAAUAAUCUGGCAUUUAUCAAUUUAGCUGCAUUUGAUCCAACAACUUAUUAUGUUUUAUUACAACUUCGUGUUGUUAUGACAGGAAUUAUUUUUCAGGUUGUAUUUAAUAAAAAAUUGUCAUUAAAACAAUGGUUUUCAUUAGUAUUAUUAACUAUUGGAUGUAUGGUGAAACACACAAACUUGGAUUUUAAUGUUAACGUAUUUGAUGUUAAAAUUAAUUUAAAUAGUAAUAUAAUUUUAGUCUUUGUACAGACAAUUUGCUCGUGUCUAGCUGGAGUUUAUAAUGAAUAUCUACUUAAGGAGCAAGGAGCAAACAUCAAUAUUUUUGUACAAAAUGCGUUUAUGUAUAUUGAUAGUAUAUUUUGGAAUCUUAUAGUUUUUGUAUUAUUCUUUAUAUCAGAAAAUAACCCCUUUCACACUAUGAUGAAUGCUGAUUUUAGUAUACUUAUGCAACCAAAAAUUAUUAUUAUAAUGUUGAAUAACACAGCGAUCGGAAUUAUUACGAGCUUUUUUUUGAAACAUUUGAAUUCGAUUUUAAAAACUUUUGCUAGUGCAUUAGAACUGAUAUUCACAGCCAUUUUAUGUUGGAUAAUAUUCAGUAUUCCCAUUCAUUUAAAUACCAUACUUUCUAUUGUUUUGGUGAGUUAUGCAGUGGUAUUAUAUUUACAAAAUCCAGUAACAGCCCGAACCAAAGAAUAUACAAUAUAUCGUAUACGUGAAAAUGUUUAG